UCAUCAACAAAUAUGACAAUCAGAACAGCCCGUCCAGACCGAGGACAACAUUUUCGGCCACGUCUGCACUGUAUCAAAAAGUUGGAUGCCAUUGUGGUUGAGAUGCAGGAUCCAAAAAGUGGGCUUAAAGGCUCUGAACAGAAACUGAACUUCACCACCAUUCCACAUGUCAUUGCUGGUAAAGACAUCAUUAUGUGGAUUACAAACAAGAUGAAGAUCACCACAGAAGAAGCCCAGACCUUUGGCACCAUGUUAGUGGCUUACGGUUACAUCUAUGCCCUGCAGAACCACAAAAAGCUGGUCAUGUGUAAUGACAGCAACCUUUACCGGUUUCAGACUCCAUACUUCUGGCCUACGCAGAAAUGGGUUGCAGAUGACACGGACUACGCCAUUUACCUAGCAAAAAGAAACAUUCGCAAGAAAGGCAUGAUGGAACCCUAUGAGCAGGCGCAGUACAACCACCUGCAUAAAUGGUUAUACCACAAGUGGGACUUUAUCGUGAUGCAGGCCACUGAGCAGUACAAAGCUAGUAGGGAAAGAAAGAAGCCAGAUCGUGUGGUGUUUGAUUGCCAGGAGAGAGCUUACUGGAUUGUGAAUAGGCCACCGCGUCGUACUCAUAGUGCUUUGGAUAAUGGUCCGGACCGCCUUAUUGAUCCCAACACAGAAGAGAAAAUCUCAUUUGACCAAUACAGACGCAUGAACAUGUUCUACCAACAAGCCAUCAUGAGGUCCAAAGUAAAAUCUAGUGUGUCACUUGGAGCACUGGUCAAGUACAUCACAACCUACAAAAACCAUGAUCCCUUUCUGGCACCCUGCUUACCCAGCAACCCCUGGCAGACAGACAAUGACUCAUACUGGACUCUAAAUAUGAGAAGGGUUGAGGUCCCAACUAAAAUGCGAGUUGAGCGUUGGUCCUUUAGCUUGUUCGAGCUACUGACUGAUCUGCGAGGCCGGGAUGACUUCAAGAUUUUCCUUAAGAAGGAGUUUAGCGGAGAAAAUUUAGCCUUCUGGGAAGCCGCGGAGGAGCUGAAGUGGGGAACUGCAGCUUCUAUGUCAACUAAAGCUGAAACCAUUUUCAAGACCUUCCUGGCCCCUGGCGCCCCCCGCUGGAUCAACAUUGAUGGAAGGACUAUGGGUUUGACUGUAAAAGGCCUGGACCACCCUCACCGCUAUGUGUUGGAAGCUGCGCAGACACACGUCUUCUUGCUCAUGAAAAAGGACACUUUUUUCCGUUACCUCAAGUCGCCGGUGUACAAGGACAUCCAAAAGAAAGCAUUGAACCCGGAACCUCAUAACUUCAGUCAAGCCCAGUUAGAGCAAAACGCUCACAACCGAAGCCCAGGAAUCCACCCCAUCAUCCUUUGGAAGCAAGAAGAGGAGGAAAAGGCUAAGGCUGCUGCUGCCUCUGCCCCUGUCGAUGUCAAGGCCAUGAUGAGUAAAAUUGACAGAAAAAAGUAA